AUGGGAUUUUUAGCUUGGCUCCUGGACUGGCUUAGGGGCCUCUUCUGGCAGCAGGAGAUGGAGGUGACGCUGGUCGGUCUUCAGGGAGCUGGCAAGACGACGUUUUUGGCGGCCAUCACGGAGGGAAAGGAGUCGGUGCAGCUGCACGACGCGAUUCCCACCAUAGGCCUCAACACCCGCAAAGUCACUCGCGGCGGUGUCAGCAUCAAGGCCUGGGACAUCGGCGGCCAGCCGCGUUUUCGAGGCAUGUGGGAGCGGUACUGCCGCGGCGUGCAGAGUAUUGUGUUUGUCGUGGAUGCAGCCGACCUUUCCUCCUUUGAGGAGGCGAGGCAUAGUCUGCACGAUUUACUGAGCCGGCCCUCUCUCGCCGGAAUUCCACUGCUUAUUAUUGCCAACAAAAACGACUUGGAAGGUGCAUGCUCGGCGGAAACCGUCAUGUCAGAGUUGCAGCUCUCGAAGCUUGCAGUAGAUCGUGAGACGGCGUGUUACAGCGUGAGUGCGAAGAAUUACACGAACAUUGACGUGACUCUCAAGUGGCUCAUGCGGUAUUCAAGAGCUUCGUCGUCAAUGUAG